UAUAAGAGAAAAAGUGGUAACGUUCCUCUCUGUGGUGGUUGUUUGUUCUUUCCCAUCUUUGUGAUUUCCGCCUCACCUCUCUCUCUCUCUCACACUUACAACACAUACUCCUCCAUCUUCUUCCUUGAUCUGAAUUCCCACUUUUCCUUCUUCACUUCACUCCCAAUCAUUCAUGGAGAGUAUCGUCCUCCACUCCCCUACUCCCUCUUUCUCUCGCCUCUCCCUCCGCCCUCGCCGCCCCUACAUUUCCUCCCCCCAUCUUCCUCCCCUCAUUUCUCUCUCCUCCCACAAACUCCCUUUCCUCCGCCACCCCACCAACCUCUCCCUCUUCCGCCCCCUCCCCAAAACCACCCCGAGAAACCCCAUCAUCAUUCCCUCAGCCUCCUCCGGUACUCCCGCCCCCACUGAAUCGAAACCCCCAUCUCCUCCUCCUCCUCCACCACAAGGCGCCAAACCCAUCCCUUUACUCAUCUCAAUUGCCAUAGGAAUCCUCGUCCGCUUCUUCGUCCCCAAACCCCCCGAAGUCACCCCUCAAGCCUGGCAAUUGCUCUCCAUUUUCCUCUCAACCAUCGCCGGCCUCGUUCUCAGCCCCCUCCCGGUCGGCGCGUGGGCCUUUCUCGGUCUCACCACCUCUAUUGUCACUAAAACACUCACCUUUACCUCCGCCUUCUCGGCGUUCACGAAUGAAGUUAUUUGGUUGAUUGUCAUCUCCUUUUUCUUUGCCCGGGGUUUCGUGAAGACGGGCUUGGGGGAUAGAAUUGCUACGUAUUUCGUCAAGUGGAUGGGGAAAAGUACUCUCGGAUUGUCUUACGGAUUGACUUUGAGUGAGGCAUUGAUAGCGCCAGCAAUGCCGAGCACCACUGCCAGGGCAGGAGGUGUUUUCUUGCCAAUUAUUAAGUCGUUAUCAUUGUCAGCAGGGAGUAAGCCGGGUGACCCCUCCAAGAAGAAGCUUGGGUCUUAUCUAGUGCAGUCUCAGUUCCAGUGUGCUGGUAACUCUAGUGGUCUUUUCCUAACUGCUGCAGCUCAAAAUCUGCUUUGUCUCAAGUUAGCUGAGGAACUUGGGGUCGUAAUUUCAAACCCAUGGAUUUCUUGGUUCAAGGCUGCAAGUUUACCUGCUUUUGUCUCUCUUCUAGCUACGCCGUUGAUCUUGUAUAAACUUUAUCCUCCUGAAACCAAAGAUACACCAGAUGCCCCUGCCAUGGCUGCAAAGAAGUUGGAUAUUAUGGGUCCUGUGACAAAAAAUGAAUGGAUUAUGAUUGGUACGAUGCUUCUUGCAGUUACUUUGUGGGUUUUCGGAGAUGCUCUUGGUGUUCCUAGUGUUGUUGCUGCCAUGCUUGGGUUGUCAAUACUCUUGUUAUUAGGAGUGCUAGAUUGGGAUGAUUGCUUAAGUGAGAAAUCCGCGUGGGAUACUUUGGCAUGGUUUGCUGUUCUAGUUGGCAUGGCUGGCCAGUUGACAAACCUUGGCAUUGUAAGCUGGAUGUCUAAUUGCGUGGCCAAAUCUUUGCAGUCAUUAUCAUUGAGCUGGCCUGCUGCCUUUGGCCUACUUCAAGCCUCUUAUUUCUUGAUUCACUAUUUAUUUGCAAGUCAAACGGGCCAUGUGGGAGCAUUAUACUCUGCAUUUCUAGCUAUGCAUUUGGCAGCAGGAGUGCCUGGUGUGCUAGCUGCAUUAGCUCUCGCAUACAAUACCAAUCUAUUUGGUGCUUUGACGCAUUAUAGCAGUGGCCAGGCUGCUGUAUACUUCGGAGCUGGUUACAUAGAUCUUCCAGAUGUCUUCAAGUUCGGGUUUCUUAUGGCUCUCAUCAAUGCUGUGAUUUGGGGAGUUGUUGGGACAUUCUGGUGGAAGUUCUUGGGGCUGUAUUAACUUAAAACAUUCAUGUAAGUAAAGUUUUGGUACUCCGAUACAUGUUGCUCUUCAUUUUGAUAACGGAACCCAGAGAAACAUACGUGGAAGCAGUUAAAGUUGAGCUGACAACUUAGGUUGAGCUGUUUUCCAGAAUUUGUCGAGUCUAACUUACUUGCCCAAAUUUUGGUGAAGAAAUGAUUCUUUCUGGGACAAACAAGAAAGAAAUGCGUAAUUGUGUUUCUUGGCACACACUCUGUAUCUUUGCUUCUAUUUGUUAUCAUCGAUGAUGACAUGAACUGAAGUUGCAUUUACAAAGUUCCCUUACCAUAUCUA